AUGACUUCCUUCGAGAUGGAGGGCCUCAUAACUAAUGAAGAGGAUGGGAGAGUUAGGUUGCUUCCCGGAUACAUGUUUGAUCCCACUGAUGAGGUUCUUGUGGAUUUCUAUCUGAAGAGGAGGGUUUUUUUUCAACCUCUCCCUGUUCAAAUAAUUCCAUAUUUUGAUGUGUUUGAGACUGAGCCUUGGAAGUUACCUGGAGGAGAUGGAAAGAUUUUCAAUGAGCGUAAGUGCUUUUUCUACAACACCAUGGGUCGUGGCCUUGAAAGUCUUGACAUGAGAGUUGCAGGAAAUGGCCAAUGGAAGAUUGUGGAGAAAGGCAAAGAUAUUCAUACCCCUUGCAACAAGGAGAUUAUUGGGAAGAGAAACACCCUAAUAUUCUGGGAGGUGCAAGGAGCCUACGCUAGGAUGACCAAAUGGGUGAUGCACGAGUUCCGCCUUGUGUUAAUAGCUAACCCAACUCAGAUGUCAAAAUGGGCUGUGUACCGUAUAUUUAUGAAGAAGAAUGAAAUAGGUUACAAUGGGGAAAGCUCCAACGGUGACAGAAAUACAUGA